AUGUGGGUCCAGUAUGACAUACCCAGACGUUCCAGACAUUGGUUGUCACCACGGGACCCUGUGCCUCACACUGCGAGACCUUCUCUCCACCCAUGCAAGAUCAUGCUCUGUAUCUGGUGGACUAGUCGCGAAGUGAUGCACUGUAAGCACCUGCCAGUGGGUCAAUCCAUCACAGCAGAUAUGUACUGGCAGCAACUGGAACGUGCGCAUCAGGAACUAACGCAUAAAGAGCCAGCAUUGGUUAGUCGUAAGAGUGUACUCUUCCAUGACAAUGCAAAGCCACAUGUGGCUCGGGAGGCCAGGGACACCAUCCAGCGACUGGGCUGGGAGCCACUACACCGUCCACCACACUCCCAAAACCUUGCGCCAACAGACUACCACCUAUUCCAUUCCCUGGACAACCCUCUUCGUGGGAAAUCAUUCAACAACCAGUCAGACCUCGAAAAGGCCCUUACGGACUUCUUUGUGUCCAAGACUCCCGACUUUUACCGCGAUGUCAUCGCACAGCUAGCCACUUGUUGGCAAAAGGUAUUAGAUGCCGAUGGUGAUUACUUUGGGUAUUAG